GGCAUUAGGACCUGGCGCUCCUCUUCCUCGCAGUCAGAAAAGAGGAGGGCGUGUGCCGGCACGGAGAGUCAAAUCAACUGACAUUCGAGAACAACUCGCCGAGUGUGCUGGAGGAGGAGAGAGAGAUGCGAGGCCACGGCUGGAGCUGAGCCUGCGAGACAUAGACAGAAAUCCCUCAAACUCAACUCGCUCGCUCAGGCUCACGAUCUCCAGUAAGCGUUCAGAGGACCACCAGAGACCAUGUCGGUGCUGGCUUUGCAAGAGUACGAAUUCGAGAGGCAAUUCAAUGAAGAUGAGGCGAUUCGGUGGAUGCAAGAGAACUGGAAGAAGUCUUUCCUCUUCUCUGCACUCUACGCUGCCUGCAUACUCGGUGGGCGGCAUGUAAUGAAACAAAGGGAGAAGUUUGAGCUGAGGAAACCUUUAGUAUUAUGGUCUUUAACACUUGCCGCCUUCAGUAUAUUUGGUGCCAUCAGAACUGGAGGCUACAUGGUGAACAUUUUGAUGACCAAAGGCCUAAAGCAGUCAGUGUGCGAUCAGAGUUUCUACAACGGGCCAGUCAGCAAGUUUUGGGCUUAUGCUUUUGUCCUCAGCAAAGCACCUGAACUAGGUGACACACUGUUCAUCGUGUUACGCAAGCAGAAGCUGAUCUUCCUGCACUGGUAUCAUCACAUCACAGUUUUGCUCUACUCCUGGUACUCCUACAAGGACAUGGUGGCCGGUGGGGGCUGGUUCAUGACCAUGAACUAUCUGGUUCACGCCGUCAUGUAUUCCUACUAUGCUCUUCGGGCAGCCGGCUUUAAAAUCUCUCGCAAGUUCGCCAUGUUCAUCACCCUGACGCAGAUCACCCAGAUGGUGAUGGGCUGCGUCGUCAACUAUCUGGUGUAUUCAUGGAUGCAGCAAGGCCAAGAGUGCCCGUCCCAUGUGCAGAACAUUGUGUGGUCAUCGCUCAUGUACCUCAGCUACUUUGUGCUGUUCUGCCAGUUCUUCUUUGAAGCCUACAUCACCAAGAGAAAAUCCAUCGCAGCCAAGAAAAGCCAAUAAAUGAGAAAAUGAUUUUACACUAGGAGAGGUGGGGAGGAAAACAAAGCGGACCAAUGAUUGGAUAGCAGACGGAUGAGCCUUUGUAGUUAGGGCUUAUGGACUUGCAGAAGUAAAAAGCAAAGACCAUGAGGGGCUACUAUCAAAGCUUGUGCAUACUGUACUACUAACGUAUAGAGAUAAACCUCCACACCAGUAGGGGGCUCUAUUGAGCUGCACUGAGAAAUCAAUACGAUUAUAUCAGUUGAAGAAGAAAAAAUUGUGUCUUUAUGUGAUGUUUAUGUGCCCAAUGCGAUUCUCUGUGUUAAAAAAUGUAUAGAUUAAAAAAAGGAUGAAAGAUAAGUUUAAGGUGAAGUACAAAUGGACUGGGACAUUUUGAAAAAAAGACGAAAAAAAAAUCUAAGAAAAAUUAUAUGGAUCAAAUUAUUAUUGUGUGAUUAUGUCCAAACAUUAAAUGUUACUGUUGCGUUUUUAUUUCUAUUGAUUAGACACUAGAGUGUUUACGGUAGUUUUCUAUGAAAGCCAUGUCAAUGGACGACUGGUCAUUGUUGAGCUAAAAAUGCCACAGUGUGUUCUGUGUUCAGCGUCGCAGCACCAAAAUUCUCUCAGGUCUUAGAGUUUUCCAUGUGAUGUUCAUAUCAUUUUAGAAAAAAAUGAAAACAAAACAAAAAGGGCAAAGUGGUUAAUUUAGUCAAAAAGGCCUGACAUGUUAAAGCCAUUGGAUGCACAAAAAAGGGAAUGAAAACGAGAUCAAUGAAGGACAUUUGGGUCAAAUGAUCAUCAGACCACCUGAGGCUCUUGUAGAGUGUGAUUCAUCUGUCCUCUCUGAAUCUGUGGUUGUUUUGACCUCUGAAAGGCAUGGGCUUCUACCCAUGGCUUAAGGUCAUCAUUAUCAUCUAUUCCAAAGACAGACGGCAAUGAGACUCUAGCCAAACUAGCCCUGUCUAACAGACCAUGAAAUCAAGCAUACUUGCAUAAAAUGUCUAUAUUCACUGUAACAAAUCUGAAUAAUCUCUGUCACUGAAUGGUGUCCAUUGUGCUCUUGUGCAUUUGCACUGUAUACAUGUAAAGCACCUAUAGACGAUUUUAACAAAGAGCCAAGAGUGCUGAAAUAAUAA